AAGUCCUCAUAUCAACUACACCAAAUCCUCACCGAAAACUUGUAAACCACCAAAAAAGUCUUCACCGGAAAGACGUCCAACUCACCAAAACUCACUUUAAUCAGAUACCAACAGUACCAUCAAGACUCCAGAGAAACGCAACGCACAACCACACCCAAACACACAGCAAUGUCCAACACGAAAAAGAGAGCGGCGCCCAGCCAAGAAGGCGGCGAGGGCCAAAAGGCAAAGAAGCAGAAGAAGAAGUCGGCCUACCAGGUCGACGAGACGCUCCUCAACGCCGAGCUGGGCAUCAACGAGUCCUUUGCCGUCAUGGACAACCAGCUCCUCGCAGACUACACGGCGCAAAAGAUUUCCCGCUUCGGUACGGAUCUGAGUCCGGUCGAGCUCUCGGAUCUGUCCAUCUCUGCAAACGCCAUCAAGGACACCACAUCCUGGACGCAGCCCCGCGCCCUGGAUAACCUCCCCGCCUUCCUAGAGAACUUUGCAGAGAGGCCCGACAGGCUCUUCACGGCGCCCAAGGUCAAGGGCGCGCCGCACACCAUCAUCGUCGCUGCCGCGGGUUUGAGGGCGGCGGACGUCGUGAGGGCCGUGAGGAAGUUUCAGGGGAAGGAGAGUACCGUUUCCAAGCUGUUUGCAAAGCACAUGAAGGUAGACGAGCAAGUCCAGUUCCUACAAAAGACACGGACGGGCAUCGCGGUCGGAACGCCCGCCAGACUCAUGGAGUUGGUAGACAAUGGAGCCCUAAAACUAGACAAGCUCCAGCGCCUCGUGGUCGACGCCUCGCACAUUGACCAGAAGAAGCGCGGCGUCAUGGACAUGAAGGACACGAUGCUCCCGCUGGCGCGGUGGCUGUCGAGGACGGAGUUCAAGGAGCGGUACGGGGACGAGCAGAAGCCCUUGGAUUUGAUUUUUUACUAGGGGGAGCGAUGAAGAGGGGCGAUAACGGCUGAGGGAUUGCCGUCGUGCAUAGUUGGGAAUCGGG